AUGGGCGACCUGAAGCUAGAAGAUGCGCCAGCCCAGCCCUCUGCGGCACUGCCGCCUGCCAUGGCGUCAAUACAAGCACAGUCCACCCACGAUGUCUUGCAAAACAUGAAUCGCGUCCCGCUGUUCAUGACGACCUUGGACGAUACGGACGGCGAGGGCGGCGAGAACGUGGAGCUCGAGGCGCUGAAGGCGCUGGCAUACGAAGGAACGCGCGCCGAAGUCGCAGAGAACUUCCGGCAGCAAGGAAAUGACCUCGCGCGGAAUAAGAUGUGGUCAGACGCCAAAGAGUUCUACAACAAAGCCAUAGCCGCUCUAAGAGCGCCACUGCAGCCCCAAGAUGCGGAGGAAGGGCCUGCGGACAUGGAUGUUGUAGUAGUGGACGAGGAGAGCGAGCGGGAAAAAGAACGUCACAUUGAGGAAGCGAGUUACAUCAAUCGCGCUCUUUGCAACUUGGAGAAGAAAAACUAUCGCUCUUGCAUCCAAGACUGCGCUUCAACUCUUCGUCUGAAUCCAUCGAACCUCAAAGCCUUCUACAGGUCCGCUAGUGCCUGUCUCGCGCUUGACAAGCUCCCAGAAGCUUCAGAUGCCUGCAACCGUGGCCUAGCCAUUAAUGCUUCUAAUGGACCACUCAAGACCCUAGCCACUAAGAUCACGGCGCGAAAGGAGUCUCUCGAGUCCAUAGCACGUGUCCGCCGCGAGCGCGAGGAGCGAAAAAAGGCGGAAGAGCGCUCGCUGAAACUAGCGCUGAAAUCAAGAAACAUCGUUACAAGAACAUCGGAGAAGGCACCAGAUAUGGAAGACGCCGCAAUACAGCUAGAGAAGCCACUCGACCCCACCUCUGCACUUUCAAUUCCAGUCAUACUCUUGUAUCCGAUGCAUGCGCACUCUGACUUCAUCAAGGCGUUUCAAGAGACGGAGACGCUAAUGGAUCACCUGCAGUACAUCUUGCCCGUUCCGUGGGACCAAGCCGAGGAAUACACAAAGGCCGGUGUGGAAUGCUACAUGGAGACAACAUCAGGAGGGCUAAUCAAAGCCGGAAAGAAGAUAGCGAUGGGAAAGAUCCUUGGCAGCGGUAAAUGCGAGAUUUUGGAUGGGCUGGUCAAGGUAAACGUAGUCCCAAAGGAGAAGGCUUCUGGAUGGAUUGAAGAAUUCAAGAAGCGAAGAAGUCAGUGA